UGGAGUGCCACUUGACAUCAGAUACAACUGGGAAACGAUUGCAUAUUCACUAGAGCAAAAUGAAUCUAAUUUAUCUUGGGAUAAUUACACUUGUGGUAUCAACAGCAAUGGAGGUUUCCGCUGACGACGGCGUCAUAUCUGACGGCGAAGCAAGUGAAGGCGGUGUUAUACCUGAGGAUAAUGAUGAUGACAUGCCAGAAGAACUCAAGAAAUUGUUCAUAAAGGACAGUACUCUAGGGGAAAGUCUCAUCAAAAUUAUCAAAAUGGUGAAAGACUUUUCAUCAGACAUCUGGAUACAACCCGUCAAUCAAUACACAUGGAGAGAAAGAAAACCCAAUACACACCUGUCAAUAUCAAUAAAACGACUCUUAACCAAAGCAAGAAAUGUCACAAAGAUGGCUCGUAAUUCAAGCGAAACAUUACAGAAAUCGUUACGAUGGAUUGAUGUGGCUUUAGAUGACGUCGACAAAGUCAUGAAUGCUAUUAUGUCUAUUCAAGGUAAAGCUUCCAAAAUUCAAGAUCUACUUCAAACUAUAAACGACAUCGAAGAGUUCUUACCAUAUGGUUUUCAGGAAGGAUAUGUAUUCGCUACACGAAUAAUAUACGAAGACAUUCAAGAAAGACUUUACAACUAUCACGCGGAAUUUUCCACCGGGGCUCGAAAAUACGUUUCAUUUAGACAAUUUAACACUAUACUUGGACAGCUUAUGAGUUACACAAGUAAGUGGCUCAACUUGUACUAUCCAAUUGAACCGAGUACAAAACGAGUUUUUCGUGCUCACAAAAGACGUAUACGGCACCUACAAGAAAUAGCACGAAGGUUUCAUGGAAAGUUUGGGCCAGACGUAAAUGCAUUAGCUAAAAGGUUGAAGCAAAAAAUAAAUGAUUUGGAAAAAGUUUCAAGGAAGAAGCUGAGAAAGGCAAGGGGAGAUGCAUAAAUGGACUUGUAGUGAAGCGAAAUGCAUGCAGUAACCUACUAGAACCAACACUGCCAUCAAUUAAAGAUUACUUGGCUCAUUGCAAAUAAAAUUGAUACACA